UUUCUUUAACAAUAAAUCCUAAAUUAUAUAUCUUCCAAAAAAUGAUUUUUAUUAUUUUUAGUUUUUAUGUUCCUUUUCUUAAUUAUUAGCCGAUUUGACUGACAGAAUUUAUGUUAGCUCUCAGACUUUUUCUUUGAUUUAAACACAUAAAUGGUAGAAGACUAAAUGAACGACCAUAUAUAGUCUCUAGUCAACUGCAAAUAAUGACCAAGAAUUUAACAACCAAAACUCACGUAUUAGUUGUCGGUUAGAAUUGAAGGCCAGCCAUAGAUAGAUAGAAUACAGAAGUUAUGAUCUAUGUUCAAUUUGGAAUUUUUCUUUUGAUAUUUGGCCCUCUAUGUGACAGUUACACUUAAUGGAAAUAAUUCUUCCUCUUCUUCUUCUUCUUCUUGUUCCGUAUACCUACAUGUCUGUGGCAGCAGCUUCUGAUUCUUCUUCUUCUUCUGAGUUAAAUAACAAUGAUAGCAGCAUAUGUGAUUACACUAGAAUGUGCGGACCAAAUGGGAACUGCGACCUUGAUGAGGCACAAACUUGUGUGUGCUUGGAUGGUUUCACACCAAAGUCCCCAACUGAUUUUGCUUACUUGAACUUUAGACAGGGAUGUGUAAGAAACAAAGCUUUGAAUUGUAGCACUGAUGUGUUUGUUAGGCAUUCUUCGUUUAAAGAACCAAGUGGUGGUUAUUCACUGUCCAACCAACAGGAUUGCUUGGGAAAAUGCAAGAGCGAUUGUUCUUGUAUGGCGUAUAAAGUAAUUGUCGGUGGAUGCAAAUUGUGGAACGGUGAUUUGUUUGAUGUUAGGUUGCUCAAACAGGGCGGACAAGAUCUUUAUAUUCGAAUGUCAGCUUCAGAGGAACAAGGGGAAUCAGAGGCAGGUGGGAAAAAACAGGGGCGAAAUGAGGGAAUGGUGGUAGGAAUAGUUGUGGGGAGCAGUGUUGUGAUUUCCAUGAUAAUCAUCGCUUCAUGGUACAUGUUCAGGGAAAGAACUGCUUCAAAAGCAUUGGAACAUGUAAGGAUUAACGAGAUCGUUACUCAUGACACCAAUGUACAAAUACUACAAAUGGAAGACAUGGGCCUUCCUUUGUUUGAUCUGUCAAGAAUAAUUGUGGCCACUGAUAAUUUCUCCCCCAUCAAUAAGCUUGGAGAAGGUGGUUUUGGAUCUGUUUACAAGGGUAUAUUAAAUGAUGGACAACAAAUUGCUGUAAAGAGGCUUUCAAGUAGUUCUGGACAAGGUCUAAAUGAAUUCAAAACCGAAGUAAAGCUAAUAGCUAAACUUCAACACCGUAAUCUUGUAAAGCUUUUUGGAUGUUGCAUCCAAGAGGAGGAGAAAUUACUGAUAUAUGAAUACAUGCCUAAUAAAAGCUUGGACUAUUUUAUUUUUGAUCAAGUGCGAAGGAGUAUGUUAGAUUGGUCUAAGCGCUUUAAUAUUAUUAGCGGAAUCGCUAAAGGCUUAUUGUAUCUUCAUCAAGAUUCAAGAUUGAGAAUUAUACAUAGAGAUAUUAAAACGAGUAAUAUUUUAUUGGGCAGUAAGAUGGAACCCAAAAUAUCAGACUUUGGUUUAGCUAGAAGCUUUGAAAAUGGUCAAAGUAAAGGAAAUACAAAUAGAGUUGUUGGAACUUUUGGAUAUAUGGCUCCAGAAUAUGCUGUUAAUGGACACUUUUCGAUAAAAUCUGACGUCUUUAGCUUUGGUAUUUUAUUACUUGAAAUUGUAUCCGGGAAGAGAAAUAGAAGAUUAUAUUGUCCAAGUGACAAUGAUGAAAGCUUGUAUGGAAACGCAUGGGAUUUAUGGAAGCAAGGAAGGUCACUGGAGCUUGUGGAUGAAUGCCUCAAAGAUUCAUGGAAUUUGAGUGAAGUACAACGUUGUAUUCAUAUUGGCCUCCUAUGUGCACAGCAAAAUCCCCAUGAUAGGCCAAUUAUGUCUUAUGUGGUUUUAAUGUUAGGAAGUGAAAUUGAUUUGCCUCAACCCAAAGCUCCUAAAUUUUUUAUUUGUGAUCCUUUUGAUGGAUCAAGUACCUCCAUUAGUAAAAACGAAUUAAGCAUUACAGAGAUGGAAGCUCGAUAGCAAACAAUAUAUGUAACAAAAAAAUUUUCUUUUCUAAGUCAGCAAUUCAGCAUGGA